CACGUGAGAAAACCACCAAUAUCCGCACACCGUCGUCGUACGAGCGAGUGUGAAAGAGAUUGGGGGGAAAGGAUGUCGGAAGCGGAGGCGCAGGGGAUUCAGCAAGCUGAGGGUAUAGGGUACUCUGAGGGAGAGCAGGUAGCCGAUCAACAAGACACGCCGCAAGAUGGACUGGUGCCCAAAGAAGAGUACAUGGAGAUGGGUUCGGUGGAGCAGACGGCGACUGGGAUCGAAGAGAGCGCUGGGGACCCGGGAAUAAUGCAGGGGGUCUUCUGCGACCCCAACAACUCCGCGGGCCCCGAGGUCCAGGAAGACGCUAGUCAGGGGAUGGGGGGUGUGGCUCCAGCGUGUGAGGAAGGACAAGAGGCGGUUCCUGGAGGAGGGGUGUACCAGGGAACAGAAGCUACAGCUCAGACGGACGUCGAGAAGACACCAGAGGAGACCGCAUAUGAGGAAGAAUGGUAACUCCAAUUAGAGCACAUGGACCGCCUGCUCUCUAAUUGGAACAAGCAGCCUCUUUGUGUUUUACUAACCACUUGUUUUUCUGAAGGAUUUUUCACAGAUUUGUUAAUCACUGACUAGGCCUAAGUCUAGGCCGAGGCACCAGUUACUGUUUUUCUCUCUCUUCCUCUCCCUCCCACCCAUCUUCACCGCACCCAAUCUGAUUUAGCAAGCUCUUUGUUGGAGGAUUAAGCUGGGAGACCGAUGAAAGUAGGCUCCGGUUUUGUCUAAUAAAACUGUAUCUUGGUCUAAGGCACCGCCUGUUGCUGCCGAUCCAUAAUGCUGUGUUUUAUCUGCUGUUUCGUUGCGAUUUGUACAUUGUUGUGUAACAUUCGAUAUCUCUCUGGUUGCCUGCCUUUACCCUGUGGCUGUGUGUGUUCUGUCGGCAGAGACUUUGGAGGAGUAUUUUGAGGCCUACGGACCAGUGAAAAGUGUGAUGUUGAAGGAAGACAGAGACACUGGAAAAUCCAGAGGGUUUGCGUUCAUCAUUUUCAAAGAGAAGGAGUCAGUGGAAAAGGUGUUGGAGGGCGGGAAACACACUCUAGACAACAGAGACAUCGACGUCAAGAAGGCCAUCCCCCACGCCCAGCACCAGGCCAUGAAGAACCGAACGAAGAAGAUCUUUGUGGGCGGGGUUCCAACAGACAUGGAGCAAAUAACAAUCGAAAGCUACUUCAAGGAGUACGGAGAGAUUGUGGAGGUUGCCAUAGUGACAGACAAGUCGGCAGACAAGCGUCGCCGAGGGUUUGUGUUUGUAACGUACACCACGGAAGAGGCGGUGGACAGGGUCACUCAGGUCCAGUUCCACAGCAUCGGGGAGACUAAGGUUGAGGUGAAGAGAGCCACACCGAGGGAGCAGUUCCCGGGCGGAGGAGGAGGAGGAGGAGGAGGGUGGAGGGGAGGCAGGGGACGUGGGGGAAUGGGAGGAGGGUUCCAACGGGGAGGAGGAGGAGGAGGAGGUGGUGGAUAUGGAAGAGCUGGGUGGGUUCCGUAUGGAUAUCACGGCCACCAACAAGAGCAGUACUACGACGGAUCGUGGGACGGUGGCUACGAUGGGUAUGGAGCCGGGGGAGGGUACGGAGGCUACGGAGGAUAUGGCCCUCCUCAAGGUGGUGGCAGGGGAGGUUACUCAAGGUAUGGACCAGUAAAGAACUACAAUCAACACGGAGGAGCGUCCUACCACCCAUACAGUCGAUGACCAGCCAUUUGUGCCAUGCUAGCUUCUUUUGUACUUUAUCGUACUGCAGUACAGGUGGCAGGCAGCAACAAAUAUUAUCUAUUGUCUUGCAUCACAAAUAUUUUGCCAUUUGAGUUUAUUAUGUAUAUACACACAAUUAUACAAUUGAUAUAGCUAUUAUUUUGGUUAACUCUUUUCCAGAUC